UUGUAAUUUUUUAUUGUGAUAAUUUUAGAAAUAAUCAGUGAUAUCCCUGUUUAAGUGAACUGAAGAUGGUGUAGUUACCGUGCGAUGAGUUUUAUGUGACGAAAUCUAGUGUACUGUUCGUAAAAGGACCGUCUGCCGCCAUGACGAUGGUUCACUUGGUCAGGAAGUACUUCGUAACACUUGCGCUUUAUUUUGGGUGUAUCGCAUCGUGUUAUCCAGUUUUUGCUCAAGAUACACCCCAGAUUUUAGAUCUACAAUUAGAAAAAAUAGAUGUUGGUAAAGAUAUAAAUGUCAGCUGCAGUGUAUCACCCUCUGAAGCUUCCGUGGAGUGGCUAUAUAAUAAUGAACCUAUUCCAAUAUCUGAUCGAUUAAAAAAAGAAUUUGAAGAGCGGCUGUUACAAAAAAAAGAUCUAGAUGGAAAUCCCCAGAAGUACAAGGUUUACAAUUUGACAAUUGCGAAUGCAACUUCCAAUGACGAUGGAAAUUACACAUGCGUGGUUAAGCUCGGCGAGAUGAGGUCUGAUAAAACGGUCGUUUUAGAUCUCAGCUUUCCAGGAAAGUUAGUUAACAAGACAUCGGGACCUAUCAAGCAAAACGUCACCGAUCAAAAUAAUGUCUCCAUGAAGUGUAUUUUUCAGAUAUAUAAACCCAACGAAAUCAGAUGGUGGAAGCAAGGAAAAGACGACGAAAUAAUUGACUUUGCACUAAAUUCUGGAAAACGUAUCGAUCUCAAACAUAUCGAGAGCGAAUACGACCUUCACAUCCGGAGCCCUGAAGACAAUGGUACAUACAUUUGUGAAGUUUGGGAUUCGGUUACAUCGACAAAUAUAACCGGUGAAAUUGAUAUCAUCGUGUUCGCUGCGCCGCAAGUUGUCAUUGAUACGGUCAUACCGAUCAGCGCCUCCCAACUAUUCCUCAAUUGGACAAUCCGUUCCUACAAUUCGCCAAUAAAAACUUACAGCCUCAUGUACCGUCGGCUACCUUCAAACGACUUCAGUUUAUACACCCGGGAGAAAAUCGGUAUUAAAAAUAUAUCAUUCGUCAUGGAGGGUCUAGAGAAGGCGACUAAAUACCAGCUUAAGCUAGAAGUUGCUACCACAUAUGGACCUAGCAAGCCACACAUAUACGAAUCGACAGUGCGUACACGGGAUAAUGAUCCCAUAUUUGUACCAAAUAUUUCGAUAAACGGUUUCUCAGCUACUUCAGUGACAAUCGGAUGGGCCCCACCGCCAGAAGAUAUAGCGGAACUGAUACAUUACUAUCUUUUGGAAGCGAGGAAAAUGGAUGAAGUGGCUCCAAGAAGUGCAUAUCAUUCCAGGGAUAGUCGAAAUUUACCUUACAUGUUUGAUAAUUUGGAACCGCACAGCACAUACGUUUUUAGGGUUUGCGCAUGCUCGGACUUCACAAAGCGCUGUGGGAACUGGUCAGCAGAGAUGCAAGCGGCCACUCUGGACGGUAUCCCGGGUCGACCCAGCAAUGUAACAGUACAUUGUGCCAGCAGUUGGAUCAACCUUACAUGGCAACCGCCUCUGAAACCAAAUGCUGAGAUUAAGGGUUAUACGAUGGAGUUAACUGGAAAUGCAACCUACAGAGAUCGAUACGGUACAGUUAAGGAGGACAUGUGGGGACCGCUUACGAAAUUUAAAACGAACGAUUCUAGAAGCGUGAGGUUCGAGGAGCUGCAGCCCAACAUGAACUACACGGUGCGGCUGAGCGCCAUGACGCGCACGCGGCGGCGCGGCGACGAGGAGCUGCGGCACUGCGCCACCGCGCCCGCGCCGCCCGACGCGCCGCCGCGACCGCGCUGGCGGAAGGUGCGAGAAAAUGAUAAAUACGUUUUCGCCAUGUAUCUACCUCGAAUAUCGGAGCGAAAUGGACCUAUUUGUUGCUACAGGGUAUACAUGGUGCGUCUGUUACCGCAUUUCGACUGGAAUAACCUACCACGGCCGAAAGAUAUCGGCAUCGUUCAAUAUGAGGAAGCGCAUGGAGUUAUACCACUUUUGGGAGCGUAUAUUACUGACGUUUUCUCCAACGACAACUUCCCACCAGAAUCUGAAUUGAUAAUUGGGGAUGGUAGGACCUACUUUAAUCCAGAGGAUCCAGGUCUUAACCGAGAGUCCUGUCAAAGAUGCCUUACGAAACCGAGACGAGCUUAUGAAAUCUCCCCCCCUCCUCGGCUCCCCGUGACCACCACCCCUACUACUACCAGGGACGACUUCUUCGAGGACGAGAUAGAUACCACCGCUGAACCAGAAGAAGAGAAGAGGGACAGAAGGUCUCCAGAAUUAGACAGGGAUUACAUGAAGAAUCCGAUGAUGAUGGACAGACAAGUGGAGAUUGAAAUAAAAGAAGAGUUGGUAGUCAAAGAUGGUCUACUGGAUCCUGCCGCUAACUACACCUUGUUCGUUGAACUAAUACCCGGUUCAGAGGAAGACGAGCCACUGUUUAGCGAGUACUUGAACGUGUUAAUGGCCGCUGCUACUCCAGUGGCUCCACCGCCGACAACGACCUUGGAGAUAGCAUUACUGGUGACGUGCGUGGUGGCGGCGCUGGUAGUGGUGGGCGCGGUGGUGCUGUGUGUGCGACAGGCGCGGCGCUCGCGCAAGCACCACCACCACCACGACCGCAACCCGCUGCAAGCCGCCUUCAGAUAUGUUGUAGAUCAUAUCGGUGGUAGACAACAGCUGAUAAGUUCAGUACCGCCUGACAUGCCGCCCAUCGCUAAGGAGGACCUCGCAGCUGCAUAUGCUGAAAGACAAGCGGACUCUGAUUACGGAUUCCAGAAAGAAUUUGAAUUGUUGCAGAUGCUACCCGAAUGCUUCCCUGAUCGGACAACCCACGCUUCAGAAGCCAGAGAGAACCAGCCGAAGAACAGAUAUCCUGACAUCAAAGCAUAUGACCAGACUAGAGUAAAGCUGACACAGAUUGACGGAGUCUCCGGAUCGGAUUACAUUAACGCUAAUUACGUCAUGGGUUACAAGGAACGCAAACAAUUCAUAUGCGCCCAAGGUCCAACUGAUACCACCGUAAAUGACUUCUGGCGUAUGAUCUGGGAACAUGGCUUGGAGCUUAUCGUGAUGCUGACGAAUCUCGAGGAGUACUCCAAAGUCAAGUGCAGCAAAUACUGGCCCGAUGAAGUGAGAGGUGUCCGCGCGUUUGGUCACAUCACAGUUCACCAUGUGUCUGAGAAACGCUACUCAGAUUAUAUAGUGAGAGAGCUCAAAAUCUCCAAGCAACCUCUGAAUGCCGACGGCCAGCCUAUUGUCGAAAAUAAUGGAAUCGCUAAGAGGAAUGGUGAUUGUGGUAUCGGUGAUGCCAGUGCUCCAACAUCGCCGAGGGAGCUGAAGGGCGAGACGCGGCUAGUUCGACAGUACCACUUCCUCAUGUGGAAGGACUUCGCGGCACCGGAACACCCGCAUUCCAUACUUAAAUUUAUCAAGAGGGUUAACGAAGCGUGGUCCAACAUGGUGGGUCGGCCGGUUGUGGUCCACUGCUCGGCCGGAGUCGGACGUACUGGCACGCUGGUGGCACUGGACUGUCUCCUGGAACAACUGCGUGCCACGGGUCACGCCGCCGUGUUUAACACUGUCGCUGAGUUGCGUCGCCAGAGGAAUUUCCUAGUGCAGUCGCUGAAACAAUAUGUCUUCGUGUAUCGAGCCCUCGUCGAGUACGCGCACUACGGCGACACCGAAAUACCGGCAUCUAGAUUGAAGAGUUCCAUCGAUCGCCUCCGGAACACACCAGAGGGCGCUGACAAGUGUCUGAUGGAGCACGAAUUCGAGAAAAUGAUGGAGCCGCCCGUGGCCGAGCCCGCCAAGUCGUGCGCGGCGGGCGGCGCCGAGGAGCUGCGCGCGCGCAACCGCAGCGCCGACUGCCUGCCCUACGACCGCAACCGCGUCAUCCUGGCGCCGCUGCCCGGCCGCGACUACUCCACCUACAUCAACGCCUCCUUCAUCGAAGCUUAUGACAAUACAGAAGGGUUCAUCAUUACACAAGAUCCUCUACCCGGUACAAUCAUGGACUUUUGGCGAAUGGUGUCUGAACACAAUGUCUCGACCAUCGUUAUGUUAAGCGAGUUGGGUGAAGGCAAGUGUCCACGAUACUGGGACGAUGGUACGGUGCAGUACGAACACAUCUCUGUCGAGUAUGAGGAGAGCGAAUCCUGCCCCUAUUACACGAGGCGUCAGUUCAGAGUUACGAACAAUAAGAGUGGCGACUGGCGCUGCGUGCGACACCUGCAGUACCAGGGCUGGCCCACGGCGGCGGGACACGUGCCCGAGGUGACGCGCGGGCUGGCCGAGCUGGCCGAGCUUGCGGCGCCGCUCGAGCGCGACGAACACUCGCACACGCCGCUACUGGUGCACUGCCAACUGGGCACGGAGCGGUCGUCGCUGUUCGUGGCGCUGUGCGUGCUGAUCUGGCAGCUGCGCGUGGAGCGGCGCGUGGACGUGGCGUGCGUGGCGCGCAAGGUGCGCUCGCAGCGGGCGCGCACCAUCGACACCUUCUUGCAGUACGAAUUCCUACAUCGCGCCAUAUUAAAUUACGCUGAACUACACAACCUGUUGGAGGACAGUUAAACUAUUUGUAAAGUGUACUGAAUAUAUUUUUUACAUUCUGACCUUAAAACUCUGAUAAUAUGAGUAAAGGUUCUUUGACUCACCAAUAAUUGAGGCUAGCUACCAUUUUGUGCGUACUUUAUUUAAAUACGACGCGCUGUCAAGCUAAAUGAAACUUUCGUACUAUUUCAUUAUGGUUUAAAAUUGCCUAAAAAGUAGAAUAUAGAAUUUAAAUCAAUAUUUUGUUUAUAAACUUAUUUCAUCAUGAAAAUUUAUUGUCCUAGAUAUAAGCAAUAGUAAACGGAUAAUUCAUAAAAUUUUACUAGAAUAAAUAUAGCAAUUUUGAAUUCUAAUUUAUACGAUCAUAAGAAAUAUAAUCGGUUGUACGUUAAUGUUAAGUGUUGCCAGAACUGAAUGUAGUGUAGGUGCUUGUUUAUAUUUCUGACAAUUUCGUUACAAUGCUUAUGACAUCCUGUAUAGUAUAUAAAUUGACUUUCUUUAUUUUAAGUAUAUUUGCCUUCGUUAAGUAAAUAACGUUGUCAUAUUCGAGACAAGAAACUAUUAUUAAUAUAUAAGAUUAACAUGCGAGUAUUUUUUUAUAGUAUACAGGAUGGUCGCUUGUUUGAAAAUCAAUAUUUAAAUUUACUCAAAACAAUUUUGACGGUAGAGUUUAGGUAGCUAAUGUAUUUUAACGAAUUAAUUACCGAGCAGCUUCUA